AUGGGCUCUGCAAAACAUCUGCCGAAACGUCGGUAUGCUACCACGGCCUGCGUUGCUUGCCGGGAAAGCAAAGUAAAAAGUGUCGAUACCAAGCUUUCGACAAGAGAAAGUGAGGAUUUUGCAUUCUUUGAAUUUUCUCGCGCACGGCCGGAAGCUAAGACUAUGCCGUGGAAUAGGCUACCUCUUCGAGUCGCAAUUGAGUUACUGACAUGCAGAGUCGAACAACUGUGUCAAUUCAUCUAUGAAAAUGGCCUUCAGCCGCCUAAAAUGCCCGGUGACAAAGAUACCACUUUGCGAGACAUCCUCGACACCCUUGGAAUGACAGCGCAAGCUCGGCUUGAUAAUGAGUCAUCGAUGAGACCUCCAAGUGCGACUCAGCACGAUCAACAACCUUUCCUGAAUUCGGCAAGAACUCCUCCCGAAACAUCAUCAGAGAGUUUUGGGGGGAAGGAUCCGAACCAACAGGUGGUCGUCAGUCUGAUCGGAGCUGAGCCGGGUGACUGUUUACAGAGCCAUAUCGGAUCAGGACUGUUAUCGAUAUCCCCCAAUGAAUCCUCUAUGAUUUCCCUCGAGGAAUAUCAUACAGAGUUGACAGAUAACAGUCCAGGGAGUGAAUUCAACUCUUGGCUAUUUGAUCUAGACUUCGGUACGCAUAUUACACCAGUUGCCACCGACACGCAACCCGCCUUGAGCUCCUCGGUGGAAGAUGGACUUCGUAUGCCUCCAGUGAAUACGCAAAUCCAGGCCAAAGCCGCUCAUAGCGAAAUGGAACCCACUCUGCUUGAGGGAUCAGCGAGUACGUCGGACAUCGAAGGCCUAGUCGAGGAGCUCUCCGACCGGGUCGGAACCUUAAGAAUUGGGCCUGGGGGAAAGACUCGCUUUUAUGGUCCGACUUCCACAUUCAAUUUGGCGGAUAUUGCACUCUCAGAUAGUCGUGAGGCCACUCCCGUCAAUCCAGUGUAUAUCUCGGGGUUUGAGGAGGAGAUUCCCGCGGAAUUAGAAAAUCACCUUCUCAACCUCUAUUUCAGCUGGCAGGACCCAUCAUUCCAUGUUGUUGAUCGAGAAGUCUACGAAGACGCGCAAAAAAAAUGGAUUAACCGGGAAGACACCGCUUUCUAUUCAGAAGCCCUGCGAAAUGCAAUGUGUGCGCUUGGUAGUGCGUUCGAAGCACGUUAUCAUUCAACUUUUAUCACAUUCCCAAAAACUCUUGUUGAAUUCUUUGCCCAUCGCGCAAAGUCCAUACUUGAAAAGGAACUAGACUCUCCUUGUGUUGCGACCGUCCAAGCGUUGGUAAUCCUGAGCAGCCAUGAAACUGGAAACGGAAAGGAAACGAGAGGGUGGCUGUACAGUGGAAUGGCAUUGAGACUGGCAUUUGAUCUUGCCUUACAUCUUGAUAUGUCCAGCCAUGUGUCCGCAGGCAUCCUCUCAGCCACCGAUGCGAAUCUUCGAUGCACUGUCUUUUGGACAGCAUACGUUGUUGACCAACCAUCUCGUACAAGCAUGGAGGAUGUGACAGUUGGAAAGCCCCGACAAGGUGCAGGUCUCCAGGGAAAUUGCCGAUGGACAACCUACGAAGCAUCAACAUCUGUUCAUAACAGCGCUGGCCUUUUAGAUUGCAAAGACGCAAUCAGCCGUCAACUAGUCUUCCUCUGUGAGCUUAUGGCUCCCUGUGGGUAUAUACUAUACGGUACUUCUAACAUUUCUAAAGAGGUUCUCCAAGAACUGAAUGCCAAAAUUGUUGCCGAGCUACGCAAGUGGAAAGCUACGCUUCCCCCCAUCUUACAGGUUAAUCUUGAUGAUUUCACUUCACCAUACCUUCCACAUUUACUGCUUCUCCAUAUGCAAUAUCACCAGAACAUAAUAUACGCCCACCGGCCAUGGAUUUCAAAGAGCCAGCUACAACCGCAACCACCAAGAGGUCCCGGAUACACGCACGCCCGCGAAAUGUGCAUUCAAUCUGCGAUCGCAAUCUCCAAACUUCUCAAUAUGUACGAAUCCCGCUACACAUUGCGCCGCAUAGGCGUGCAAGCAGUUUCUAUCACAUCCUCCGCCAUUCUGUUCCUUCUCUUCGCCGCUAUUUCAAACGACUCCUCUCACCCAGGAGACGAGAUCUCGGUGUAUCUCACGACAUGUUUCAGAGCUUUAGACGAGUUCUCUGCGUCUUGGAAAAGUGCACAAAGAGCAAAGGACCUUUUAAUUGGUUUGCAGUGUCAAUGGGAUCGUCGGACCCGGUCAAACAGACUGAAACAGCGAAAUAACGGCCCGUCAUAUACCCCGAGGAAACGCUCGAAGACAACGAGCAGACUUUACCAGAUGGCUCCUAUGCCUCAUGAUCCAGCCUUGCAGGUAGAAUUGGACUAUAUGCUCAGGGCUGAGGCUGAAGCUCAUUCUGGAAGGUACAGUCAAGAUAUCUUUGAUGUGGCAUCCGAUAUCGGGGAUCCAAAGGACCACCAUAACCUGUAG